AUGGGGGUUCAGUAUCUGUGGUUCCAUUGCACCUACACCAUCCCGGUCGCAGCCCUACUCACUAUAUUCUACUACCCGUUCUUCACGAGGAGAGACAUCUGCAAGAUCACGUUUCUGAAUAUUCUAGCGGUAACCGCAACUAUACCAUGGGACUCCUACCUGAUCCGCCACGGGAUCUGGUCCUAUCCCCCGGACGCCACCUUCAACCGAACACUCUACGACAUCCCGCUGGAGGAGGUCGCCUUCUUCGUCCUGCAGACCACCAUCACAGGGCUGGUGUACUGCAUCUGCUCCAAAGCGCUGGUGUUGCCCAUGUACCUGCCCGGGCGGCCGGUACGGCGGGCGCGGGAUCUAGGGGGGCUGGGGAUGCUGGUCUCCCCGUUCAUCGUCAGUCUGCCGUGGAAAGCGACUGCUCCUCCGAUCGUCCUUCCGACUGUGUACUUGUGGGUCGCAGAUCGCAGCGCCAUGGCCGCGGGGGUGUGGUCGAUUGAGUCGGCGACGCAAUUGGGGGUCCAUGUUUUCGGGCUGGAGAUUGAGGAAAUGCUUUUCUUCCUCGUAACAAACGUGAUGAUCGUCUUCGGGCUGGUGGGGUUCGACUACGCCUGUGCGAUGGCCGAGUACACCACCAUCCGCACGGGCGUUGCACCCAGCACGAUGCGCAAUGCGGUGAAGGGCGUCCUGCAGGCGGUGUUUCACCCGCCGGCCAUUGAAGCCUCUGUUAUUGCAGACCUCCAGCAGGCCGUCGCGCGGCUGCACGAGAAGAGCCAGAGCAUGUUCGUCGGGAGUGCACUGUUCCAGGGGCCAGUCAGGGUGGAUCUGAUCUAUGUAUAUUCAUUCUGCCGCGUGAUCGACGAUCUCAUCGACGAAGCCGAAGACGAAGGGGAAGCCCAGUUCUGGAUCGCGGAGUGUCGACGGUGCCUGGAUGCGCGGAUCCGACCGCAGGAGCAGCCACGCAGCCCUAAACCUCGAACCCCGUACAACAAUCAAGCCAAGCAGCACCUCCUGCACCGCGCAGUAGCCACCCUCCCGCUCUCCCGAAUGACCACGCCACCACUCUACGACCUCCUCAAAGGCUUCGAGAUGGACCUAGCCUUCACAACCGCUUCCCCCUCCGCAAGACAAAAGGUAAUCUUCCCCAUCGCCACAGAACCCAACCUCGACCGCUACGCCACCUAUGUCGCCAGCACCGUCGCCGAGCUCGUCCUCGGCCUCCUCCACCACCACUACAACCGAUCCCAACUCUACGACCCCGAGGCGAUGGUCCACGCCGGCCGGCAGAUGGGCAAGGCGCUGCAGUGCGUCAACAUCGCGCGGGACAUCCACCGCGACGCGGCGAUCGGGCGCGUGUACAUCCCGACGACCUGGUUGGCGGAGAUGGGGCUCACCCCGGCGGAUAUUCUGCAGGAUCCCCGGUCGCCGGCGGCGUACGCGAUGCAGGGGAGGUUGCUGGAUAAGGCGGAGGGGCUGUAUGGUCAGGCGCGGGGGGCGAUCGAGGCGCUUCCGCCCGGGGUCAGAGGGCCGGUGCGCACGACGGUGGAGAGUUAUAUGGAGAUUGGCCGGUAUCUGCGGGAACGGAGGGGGGAAAGUCUGCAGACGGCCAGGAAGACGCGGUUGCCGGUGGGGAGGCGGGUUCGGGUUGCCGGGGUCUCUUGGUUUGUGUGCAAUUUGGUAUACUGA